AUGGUGCUGGCCAGGGAUGGGUUGCUAAUACUGCUGCUGGGGCUGGUGUGUGCCACAGGGCUCUGUGCUGUGCCAGCUGCUCUUCAGGAAGACCCUAAGUGUGGGCAGAAAGUGCAAGAGCCCAGCCCAUGGAGUUAUUUUGUCCUUUUCUCUCGGAUUGUGGGGGAACACCAGGUGAAGCAAAGCUCACAUCCAUGGCAGGUUUCCCUGAAGAGAAGGCAAAAGCGUUUCUGUGGAGGCAGCAUUGUUUCUGCUCAGUGGGUGGUCACAGCAGCUCACUGCACCCUGGACAGUUCAUGUCCCUGUGUGGCAGGUGCAUCAAUUUUCCCAGCAUGUCUUCCUCAGCCAGGUGAAAAGUUUGAUGCAGGAUAUAUCUGCACUGCUUGUGGCUGGGGCCAUUUAAAGGAAAAUGGACUAAUCCCUCAGGUCUUGCAUAAGGUCAAUCUCCCAAUCCUAAACAGCAGAGAGUGUUCAACAGCACUGUCAACUUUGAAGAAACCCAUCCAGGGUGACACCAUAAUGUGUGCUGGAUCUCCAGAUGGAGGAAGAGAUACCUGCCAGGGAGACUCUGGAAGUUCCCUGUUGUGCGGGGCCUGGACCCUUGCUGGUGUCAUCUCCUGGGGGCUGGGAUGUGCCCGUGGCUGGAUGAGGAACAAGGAGAAGAAACAUUCCAACAGAGGAUCCCCAGGGAUAUUCACAGAGCUCAGCGUGGUGCUGCCCUGGGCUCAGGAGAACAUGAGUGCUGAUCUGAAAGUGAAAAGCUCCACAGCGUUUUGUAGUGUUCAGGAUGGCAAACUCUGCAACAGAGAGGGGGAAUUACAUUUUCCUGGAAGGCCUGGACAGUUCUAUCAAAACCACCAAUUGUGUAUAUGGACUCUGUUUGUGCCAGAAGGGAAUUACAUAUGGCUUCAUUUCUCCCAGUUUGAUGUAGAGCCAGAAGUGUCCUGUGACUACAAUUCUUUACCAGUCUAUUCAAAAGAUGACAGACUCGUGGGGAAAUUCUGUGGAGGAGAUCUUCCAUUACCUAUUUUGAUUGGUUCCAAUAGCAUAAAGCUGAAAUUUGUUUCUGAUGAAGAGGAUUAUGGAACUGGUUUUUCCAUUACUUACAAAGCUCUUACACCAGAUAUUCUUCCUGAUAUAAAUAUUUUGAAUUCAACCAGAGAAGAAGAUUUUGAAAACAUGAAUGUUACUGAAGAAGAAAUAAAGGUUACAACAGAGGAUGUUUGUGGAAUGCCUUCAAAUCAGCCCAGGUUCCUCUUCAGCAGGAUAACUGGGGGUGAAGAAGCUGUGCCCUACUCGUGGCCUUGGCAGGCCAGUGUAAAAACUGCAGACGAGCACAUGUGUGGAGGAGCAGUCCUUGCCCAAGAAUGGGUUGUCACAGCUGCCCACUGCCUUCAUUGCAGGGAAGCAUACAGAGACUUAUGGAUGGUGGUAACAGGACUUCAUGAUCUUACAGAGCAAGGGUACAGACAGAAAAGGACAGUCAAGCAGCAUUUGAUACACCCCAGUUUUAACCAGACCACUCUGGACUCUGCUGCAGCUGCUGAGCCUCUGGAAUUCAGCCCCUCCAUGCUGCCAGUGUGCCUCCCUGCUGAGCAGGAGGUGCUGCAGCCCUCCAGGAUGUGUGUGGUGGCAGGGUGGGGUGCACCUGAAGCAGACAGAGAAAAGGGGAAAAAACUGUAGCUGCUGGAAGUCCCUGUCCUGGCAUCUGACAUAUGUCAGAGCUAUUACAUAAACCUUCCCAGUAAAGUGACCCAGGGGAUGAUGUGUGCAGGAUUCCCUCUGGAGGAAGGCAAGGACUCAUGCACAGGUCAUUCUGGAGGCCCAUUAGUUUGUCCUUCAGAGGAUAACUCAGGGUUUUACACCCUCCAUGGAAUUACUAGCUGGGGCUUGGGAUGUGGAAGAAAGAACUACCCAGGAAUAUACAUCAAUGUUGUUUUUUUUGUUGACUGGAUCAAGAAGAAUAUUAAUAGUAGUGGUAUGUAGAAAAAACCCAAAACAAAUUAAUCAUUUUGCUAUUGUUAGAUGAUUAAUUUGAGGUCUUUUCAAGGAUGCCAUUUUUAUAUCUGGGUGUUCAGCAUUCCCUGAGAUCUUGGCUGUUUAAAAUAUCCCUAGCUGAACUCCCAGAAAAGAAACAAACUUCAAUCAGCAGUAACUUCUGAAAAUCUUAUUUCUUCCAAUUGUAUUAUUAUCAUUAUUCCACUCUCUAC